AUGAGUUUUGACAUUCCUACCGUCGCUGAGAUUCAACUUGCCGCCGAGAGCGGACAGCGCAUCACACGGGAUGAUGUUUCCGCCAUCUCCCAGGCAGAGAGUGCGAUGACAGGGCAUGGUCCUGCAAGGGGUGGACCAGCAGCAACGGCACAAAGUCUUUCAAUGAGACAAAUGAAUUUCGAGGACAAAGUUGACGAGGUAUCUCGAAAGCCAUCAACCUCUAUCUCGAUAAAUGAUGCAGAGGAGAUACAAGCUACAGAGGGUCGUGCAUUCAACCAACCGCCUGGAGUUGGCUAUGUAUCCGCCCAAGUUCGGUCGAUUGCCGAGAAUAAUGAGGCCCUUGGGCUCACUGCCCCAGCAGAUGUGCCUACAUUUGUCACAAAAGAUGAGGCCAGAGGUGCUCAGCAUGCUGAAGCAUUAGCUUAUGGUGGUCGAAACCCACGAGGGGGUGUAGCAGCUCAGUUACAGAGUGCUGCAGACAAGAUCGACAAUUCCCGGCGAGGCAGCUUUGCUAGCGUGUAG